CACCAGCACCAUGUGUGGCUACUACGGAAACUACUAUGGCGGCCGCGGCUAUGGCUGCUGUGGCUAUGGAGGCCUGGGCUAUGGCUACGGAGGCCUGGGCUGUGGCUAUGGCUGUGGCUAUGGCUGUGGCUAUGGCAGACUGGGCUGUGGCUAUGGCUGUGGCUAUGGCUAUGGCUCCCGUUCUCUCUGUGGCUGUGGCUAUGGCUAUGGCUCAGGCUAUGGCUCUGGCUUUGGCUACUACUAUUGAAGAUGAGAUGGAAGA